GGAGGGAGAGCGAGAGAAAAAGACCUCAUGUUGUUAUAGCAAGAAAAAUGUAGGUCCACUGCUUAUGUUCAGUGAAGGUAAAUCCUUCAUUUCUGGCUUUGUGUCCGGGUUCCACUCCCAAUCUUGUUAUAAAUACAUGCAUGACGUAUAAAGUAUAGUAUGGGACCAAGCAGAUUCAGAUAGUAGCACACCAACAUCGAAGCCGUGUAAGUGAGCACACAAAAACUAGUCCGGUGAAACACCAACGCGGUACUUGCAGUGCAGUCUUCCGGAUCCGGCCGCCUAACAUUUCCGAGCCAAUGCAACGGGCAGCUAUAUAGACUCGGAAUCUGCUCAAUCAAUAUCAUUAUCGCUUAGAGUUAUCAUCAACAUAACACCGUUUCUGGAUACACGUUUUUUUAUCAUCAUCAAGCUAUCACUCAUACGUUUCAUCAUCAAGACGGAUUGAGAGUUGUUAUAAUGGGAAAUCAUGGCAGCAGAGACGAGCCCGAUGGAAAAGGCAACGAGGGAACUAAACUCAGAGGGCGCUACACAAGUCACAUGACUGGGUUCGUGAAUAAAGGUGGUUCCAAGCAUCCAUGCGACCUCACAGUCACCAUUGAGACAGAUGACGUCAUCCAUAUGAUAGAGAAAUCUCCUCGUCAUGAGGCUGCGAUCAGCGGUGAGCUCAACUGUGCAGUGUUAUCCAAGGAUCCGGUCCCAUUUUCGGGUGGCAAGUUCUACGUUCAACGCUCCUGCCAAACCAAUUUGGAGUUCAAAAGCAUGGUCUACGAGACGCUGUUGCCUUUCGGAGAGAAGGACUUCUUCUUUAAAGGCAUUAGAGUGGCCCACGAGGACACGUUUGUCGGAAAUAGUGCAACCGACGUCUCUUCAAUGGGUAUUGUCAUCAAGAAAGGGCCCAAUUUUAAAGCCGAGACCUUAACUACUGGCGAUGUCUCCACGAAACUGGCGGAUGUUGCCAAAGAGCUUGCAGACAUUGAGAUCACAGGACCGGGGGAUGACGAGAAACUGGAGGUGGAGUGGAAGGCCAAGUUGGGAUUCUUUCUUGGUGGUGUUCUCAUCGAUACCUGCGAUAUGUUCUCUCCUACACAGUUCUGUCCCAAAUCUUCGGCGCGUGAGAGGCGCCCUCUAAAUCUGAAAGGCAUCAAGCCUGAGGUGUACCAUAUCACGGCCAAAGACGGUGUGCCUCUGGUGAUGACUCGCUACAAAUGUGGUAACAAGGGACCAAUCCUGUUCCUUCAUGGACUCUGUGUCACAAGCAGGAUUUUCUCAUUAGAUACCAUAGACAAGAGUGUCGUAGAGUUCUUCUGCGAGCAUGGGUACGAUAUGUGGGUUCUAGAGCUUCGGUUCUCGGUAGCCCUUCCUUCACAUCGGAAGCCUACUCAAAUGCAAGACUCUGCAGAGAAAGACCUCCCACCUGUUGUAGACUUUAUCCUGAAGGAAACCGAGUCGCCCGACCUCCAGGUCUACGCACAUUGCAUCGGCUCUCUCACGAUGCACAUCGCUUUGUUUGGCGGUCAUAUUGACAAGAGGAGGAUCCGAUGCUUCGUUGCGUCACAGUCCGGAUUCUGCAUGAUCUCAUCAGCCAUGAACCAUGCAAAAGCCAAUACCAGGCUUGAUGGCGUCGCUGUUGCAUUCGGAUUCUCAGGGCUCAAUGCGUAUACAGACAAAAACGAUCACGUGCGAGAAAAAAUAAUGUCUGUAAUGGCCAAUGCUCUUGCGCGAUCUACACUCGACGAUAAGAACCAGUGCAGUGAUAUCGUGUGCCACAGGAUAACCUCAAUGUUUGGACUCAUGUGGGAACAUCGCAACCUGAAUGACAAAACUCAUAAUACCUUGACCGAAUGGUUCGGCUUCGGACACGCCGUGUACUAUCACCAUCUCGCGGUCACCUUCCGGAAGGGUCGGUUAACCGACUUCAAGGGCAACGACAUCUACAUACCGGAUUUCAACUCGAAGAACCGCCUCCAAUCACCACAGUAUCGGAAGGCCAUGAAAAAGCUGGACAUACCCGUUUUAUAUUACGUCGGAUCGUUGAACAAAGGUUGGGAUAUCGAUGCAACGAGGCAGAGCUACGUCAGAUGCAAGGAAGCGAACCCUGAUCAGCACUAUGAGUGGUUCCAGGUGCCUGAGUAUGGACACCUGGAUUGCGUCAUGGGAAAGGAUGCCUCCAAAGAUGUGUACCCUCGUAUCUUGCCAUUCCUUGAGAAGUACGCCACACCCGAAAAGGUAUGGCAAGGACAGGAUGAUGGUGAUUAUUGCUACAGACCGUAAUAGGAAAGAAAACAUAGACUUAGUCACCAAUGUGAUUUCAAAACAACAUCGUCGUUUGUACUACUGGGCCAGAAGGGAUUAGACCACACAGCGAGGUCACUGACAGGUGGCUAUCUCAUUAACUCAGCUCUCAACUAACAUAUAAAGAAAAAGAGGAUCAUGGGGGACCAACAGGCACCGAUUGGGGAAGUUUUCUAUAUAGAGGGAGCAAGUAGCUACAAGUAGGACAGUGUGGCUUUAAGGAUUAUGCAAUGAUAAUGUUUCACGAUUUUUCUAAGUUUGUGCCAUUUACCAUUAACAGACAUGCUCGUGGUUUUGCGUCGUCUCACCCAGCUUAAAUCCUUUUUUUCGAAUAUUAGCAUUCAGGAACCUCCCGUUACAAACCGCUGAAAUUGAUAUCUGCACAUAAAAAACCAACAACAUAAUUUGUCCGUCCAGUAAAAUGCCAUUUCUAUAGUCCUCGUUUAAAGCAAAGCGUUUUGCUUGGUGCCGUGGCCUUAAUUGUAGCAAUAUUUUCUUAAAUAUCAUGAAGAAAUGUGUGUGAAAUUCCCAUAAUUUCUAACCAAUAAGAUCUUUUUAGGUACACAAUUUAAGAUUUAUUUUUGUAUAAUGUUAUUUCUUCUCAAAUGCCCUACUCUGUAAGCCUGAAACAGCUCUCCAACACCGAUUUACUGUGUCAUGUUAUUCUUAAUGGAUGUAGAAUGUAUUACUUCCUGUUCAUUCAAAUGUUUGAAAAAAAUAAUAUUCAAUGAUCAUUAUGUAUUUGACAUCUUGUUGCAUGCAUUUUCAACGUUCAUUUUCAACAAUAUUUUGUUGCGUAUUGUACAGAUGGAUAUGUUAGUAAACUAAAUCAUUUAAAUUUUGUUUGUAUUGAUGAUUAGUUUACGUGACUGUUGGAAGCAACUGCUUGUAGAUAAAGCAACAAUGAACAUUUGGCUAGUAUUCCGUACUAAGUGACUUGGUAAUUCAGGAUAUAAAGCAAAGGUCUACCAAAGCUCACUAGCUUAUCGAUAUGGUUCGAACCCUGGAUCCACCGGUUACAAGACUACUGCUUUACUACUGAACCAUCACGCAUACAUUGUCUACACUACUCGUAAUCCGUCUCAACUCUAUCUGGAAAUUGUAUCGUCAUGCUGGAAAAAACGUUAUAAUAAUUCAUAACGUCUUAAAGUGACAUUUGCGAAUAUUGAUGUAUCUUUAGCAAAAACAUGCUUGUAGAUAGCAACCAGAGAACCUACAAUAUAAAGUCUUAUCCGAAGGACUUUGUAAUCGAGGAUCAAUGCCAUGCCAAAGUUUACAAGCUCAUCAGUUUGGUUCAAAUCCGGGAUCUAACAAUUUAAUACACGACCACUAUUGUACCACUGAGCCACCAUUCACAUUUUUGGUAAUAAUUAUCUGUUAUAAAGUUAAUUUUGAGAUUAUUCUGCAUUUCAAUUCAUAUCAGUUCUCAAACACCAACACACCACUAAAUUUUAUCUUGGGAGUACUAAGCGACAAUUAUCGCAGGGGUCAUUUCCUAUCGGGAAAAGGAUAUUACAGAUGCAUUGAUAAUCAAAAUAGAUCUACACUAGAUUUCCUAGAGGCCAGUUUAAUAAACAAAACACUCGACGCGUUCACUUCCUUUUGACAAUCCUUUUGCAAUCAAUGAGACCACGGAUUUGAACAAAAGUCAAGGUUGUUGAUUGAUAACUGCUGCGCAAUUGUACAAAGUGCAUAGUUAUUUAUUAUAUUAUCAUAUUACAAAUAUAUUCUCGCUCUACUAUUAUUAUAACUAUUGUGUACUUGCAUAUGUACAAUCAGCUGCAAAUUUACGUUUUUUUUGUAUCCAAAGCAUUUGCAUUUUGUGCAUCUGCGUUAAUAUUGUAAAUAAUUUGUUAUUGAUAAUUCUAAUUCAAUACCAUUUUUGAUCAUCAUUACAAUAAUAAAGAAAAUAAAUCCUGUA